GAAGCAGAGAAGAAAGAAACACUAAUGAUGAUAGUGCCUAUGGAGAUGAAGAUAAGCACUUCCACUGGAGUGGUACUUCUCCUCCUUAUCUCCUCAUUUCUAUUAAUAAUAAUCCCUUCAGCAACAGCCCUAGGCUUCAACUGCACCUCUUCCACUGCAACAUGUUCAGCUCUAAUAGACUACGUCUCUCCCACCACCAAAUCCCUUUCCGACAUCGCCGACCUCUUUGGGGUCACCUUCAUCUCCAUAUUCGGUGCAAAUUCCCUCCCACUCUCAACCUCUCCAUACCAAACAGUUGAAGUGAACCAGACCAUCAAGAUUCCCUUCCCCUGCGGUUGUAUUUAUUCCUUGUUCAGUGGGGUUGGAAUCUCUGAAAAAGUCCCAAUGUACAAUGUACAGAAAGGUGACUACCUGUAUUAUAUAGCGAAUGUGGUGUUCUCUGGGUUGGUGACGCCCCAGGAGAUCGCCACCGUAAAUGAUGUUUCCGACCCCAACUUGAUCUAUAUUGGGCAGUACUUGUGGAUUCCGCUGCCGUGUAGCUGCGACAGAGUGGGUGGUGCUCAGGUCAUCCAUUAUGGACAUGUGGUAUCUAAGAGGAGCUCCGUUGGGCAGAUCUCUAUGGAGUAUGGAACUACCCAAGGUACCUUGUUGAAACUCAAUGGGUUAGGUCAUGAGAAUGAGCUUCGGGCCGGCCAACUGAUCGAUGUUCCUCUUAAAGCUUGCAAAUCCAUGGUUGGCAAUGACUCACUUGACUACCCAUUGCUUGUUCCCAAUGGAUCUACGGUCUUAACUGCUAACAAUUGCGUCCAAUGCACCUGCAAGUCAUCAAAAAAUUGGACAUUACAUUGUGAGCCAUUCCAAGGGUCUAAAUCCACUUCCUGCCCUCCCAUGCAAUGUCAAGGUGGUUUAUACCUUGGAAGCAGUACCAUGUCACCUUGCACUACAUGUACCUAUGCUGGAAAUACCAAUCAAACCAUACUUAUGACACUCACCAAUACUUGUAGUACUGAUGAUGAAGUUGCAAGUAAUGGAAACAAUAUGGCUAUGAGAAGGAAGCUUGCAGUAGUUGUUUCUUCGGCGACUGGAAUUGGGAUUUUGGUGACUGUGAUAGUCCUAUAUUGUUGCUUGAGAGGAAAAUCGUCAUUUGUUAAUAAAAACAAAGACAUUGACAUAGAGUCUAUUUUGAGGAAUAAUGGAUCCUUUGUUCCAAGAUACAGUUAUUCAGAUAUCAAGAAAAUGACAAACUCCUACAAAGAUAAACUAGGUGAAGGAGGAUAUGGUGUUGUGUUCAAAGGAAAGUUACUUGAUGGUCGAUUGGUGGCAGUGAAGAUCCUCAACAUAUCCAACGGAAAUGGAGAGGAAUUCAUCAAUGAAGUUGCAAGCAUUAGCAAGACUUCCCAUGUUAAUAUUGUUGCUCUUGUUGGUUAUUGUUUUGAAGGGAUCAAGAGAGCUCUUGUGUAUGAGUUCAUGCCCAAUGGACCUCUUGACAAGUUCAUAUAUUAUGAUUCAUCAUCGACGACACACCCUCACUUUGGGUGGGAAACAUUAUUCGAUAUAGCUACUGGAAUUGGUCGGGGAUUAGAGUACCUACAUCGUGGUUGCAAUACACGUAUUUUACACUUUGAUAUAAAGCCACAUAACAUUCUACUAGACCAGGACUUCUGCCCCAAAAUCUCCGAUUUUGGGCUUGCUAAACUAUGUCCAAGAAAAGAGAGUAUUAUAUCAAUGAUGGGUAUGAGAGGGACUAUAGGGUAUAUUGCUCCAGAAGUGUUCUCUCGAAAUUUUGGAGGAGUCUCCCACAAGUCUGAUGUCUAUAGUUAUGGAAUGAUGGUUUUGGAAAUGGUUGGAGGAAGAAGGAAUGUGAAAGUGCCAGUAGAUCAUACUAGUGAAAUAUAUUUCCCGCAUUGGAUCUAUAGGAAAUUCCAACAAGAUCAGAAACUAGAAGUACUAGAAGGGCUGGUGACUAGAGUGGAAGAAGAAAUUGCAAGGAAAAUGACUUUAGUAGGGCUAUGGUGCAUCCAAACAAAUCCUUCAAAUCGGCCUUCAAUGAGUAAAGUUGUUGAAAUGUUAGAAGGAAGCAUUAGUUCAUUGCAGAUCCCUCCAAAGCCAUACUUGUGUUCUCCUCCAAGUUCGCCAACAGAUUGCUCUACCAGUACUACCUUGGAAAAUUCAUCAUCGUAAUUGUAAGUUCAUAUUAUCCUUUUUAAUGUUCUAUUGAAGUAUUAACUUGAGAAAUUCAUCCAAUUAGGUUAAAAUAUUCUCUCUGAUAUUCAAUUAAUACGGAAGUGGAUUUUUUGUUGAACA